AGAAAGCGGGAGGAGAGAAGAGGAGGAGCCGACGGAACAAAACGUUCGGGGAGGUCUUCACCCCAAGUUCAACUUCGGGAGAUACGUUGGAGGCUUAGCUAUCCUCGCCGUCGCGGCUUCAAAGAGGCCUCCGUUCCCCGGCGGCCGGCGAAAUGUCCGGCGGCUCUCGGCUCUCUCACAUCUCCGGCCUGAUCGACCUCCAUCUCCGACCGUGCGCCGUAAUCGAAGUUGGCUCCGUGAGCAAAGAGGAGGAGAAGAACCUGUUGAUCGCUCUCUCCAAGGUUUUCAGAGAAAUUCGGCUCUGGACCAGUGAAGAGACCGAUGGGUCCUCUGAUAGCGACGCGGAGGAAAACCCGGUUUCGCAGAGUGCGGAUUCAGGUGAAUUUGCUCUCAACUCCGAGGAACGAAUCUUUUUGGCCAAGAUUGUUGGUGAUUUGAUGUGUUUUCUAAUGGUUCACAGUCAACAUGUUCAGCAUUUGACGAGCAAUGUCCUUUCGGCAAUUUCCGAGCUUCUGUCUGCCUAUGGAAAAGGAUGGGGCCCCUUUGUGCAUUUGUUGUUUGUUUAUGCUGAAUUGUCAAUAGGAAACAUUCACCCGUGUUCUUCCGUUACCAGAACAAGGGUACAUGAAGACUUAUAUGGUGUUUCAGAAAGUUGUAGUCGCGCCAUCAAAUCGAAGCUGCAAAAGGCCAACUGGUCCACUGUGGCUGGAAUUUUUCGGGUCUUGCGCUGCAUUUGGAAAUAUUUGAAGCAAGAUUUUGAGGAUCAGCUAGUUGAUUCGUACUUAAAUUCUCUGAAUUCCUUUAUUUCACAUAUACCUUGGAAUCUAUUGGAUGAUGCUAAUGUGGGUCAAAAGUGUGCUCACCUGGGUCUGCAAAUGCCGAAGUUCAUAUUUCUUGGAUAUUUUACUCAGUUACUGAGUUCAGUGGUGGAGCAAGUCGAUCAUAAAAAGGUUCAAGGUGGUUCUGUGAAUGGGCAUCAACUUCUUUUCUCCAUUGCCAAACUUGUUCCCAGUUUGUUCCUAUGUUGUCUUGGCAAGGAAGAAGAACAUGAUGAUGCUCGCAUCUCUUUAUACUUCAGACAUAAGCUGUUGAUGCUGAUGACUAGGCUCAGUGGCCAGGGCCUGGAGAGCUCUGUUCUCUUCCUAUGGUUGCGGCUUCUGCAUAAAUACUUUCAAGAUCUUAUGUCAGAACAAAUAAGUAUGCUUGAGCCUGUCAGAGAAGAUAGUUUAGAAGGCUCUCCCUUUUCAGGAAGCAUGUUUGAGGAGAACAUUCAAGGUACUAAUCUAUACCACUUAAAGAGGCAGGCUAUCUACCUUUUCAUCAAGUGUUCUUUGAGUUUGAUUUUCAAUGAAGAGGAGGGUGACCAGCAAUGCGAAUGCCUAUCUGCAAAACCAUGUUUAAGUUCACAUCCAGAAUAUUGCAGUCAUAAGAAAGUUUUAGGAGAGCUUUAUAAGUGGCUCAGUCAGAAUCUUCAGCACGAUACCCAUGGUGACAGUGAAUUAUACAUGGAGAAGUGCAUGCAUUUUGGUUCAUCCUUCAUUCAGCUAUAUGCCCAGGAGGAUGACCUGUUAUUCAAAGUGCUCUUAGAAGUGCUUAGCAUUCCGAUACCUGGAUCUGAAAAGUUUGAUGAAGUAAAAGGGAGAAUCCCAGACUCACAGGAAAAUAUUCUUAUUCACCUUUCAAACCUUUUUAACCCUUUAAACUUAUUCCAUUCAUUUCUUGCAGAGAUAAAAUAUGAUCAUCAGGUGCUUCUUGAUUACCUCAUAUCUAAGGACAUGGGAAUCAGUUGUGCAGAAUAUCUUCUACGGUGCCUGCGACUGAUCUCUGAAUCAUGGGAAGCAUUUUUACAAUUUUCAUAUGUGUGGAGUGCAAAGAAAUGGUCGUCAAUUACGGAAAGAAAAAUUUUCCGCCAGAAGGUAAACUUUCGUCUGGAGCCGUAUAGCACUGGAAACUUCAGACAUGGGCAUAAACUCCAAGGAACUAGAGGAAAGCCAUUCGACAAAGCUAAACUAUGUUUGCUGUCCUUAAAAUAUUCAGUGGAAAAUCUCCAUCAGAAAAAUUUGUUUCCUUAUAAUCCUAAAGUUCUUCUGAGACGUCUAACAGAAUUCCAGGAACUAUGUUUUAACAAAGGAUGUAUGGGAAGAGUGGGUGAGGGGAAGUUGACAUAAGAGAUUGAAGGCAUCAUUUUUUUGUGAGUUACUCUUUGAGGAUGGCAAGAAUGAGAUGCAUUUACUGAUACAUUUACCCACUCCAGCACUUGCAAUGGAAGGGAAUAACACCAACAAAACACUUUUUAUAGGACUCACAACUUCAUCAUUUCCAAUAUACACUGAGGUUUUCUAAAUAUUCUGCUGUAUCUAUUCACUCAAAGCUGGUCUAAGAAAAUAAAAAGGAACACAGAGAGAGGGGUCGGCAAAAAACAGAAAAAGAUGAAGGGGGAAGAACCGUGAAACAGAGAGAGAAAGAGAGGAGUCAGGGAAUUCAGAGGUGCUAGGACGAUCUUCAAGUGUCAAAUUUACGCCAUUUUGAAGCACUUGGUCAUCACGCUUCCUGGCGAAUUGCAGCCUUGGGAAGGUUCCAGUUUAGUCUGGGUUGGAUUUGGGGAUAGGAUCCUUAAGAUCAAUAUAGGAAGGUCUUCUUUCAGGUGGUGCAUGAGCCUAGAAGCAAUUUGGCUGCACUUAUUCGAGGGCUUCAACGUUGAGGAGUUACUGCGGGUUCUUGCUCAUGUAAGCCAAAGCAAAGAAUGAAACAGACCUGAGUUCCUAAAUCGUGAUCAAGAGCUGACAUUCUUCUCAUUCUCAAAGUGGUGAACGAAGUGAGUAAGCGUGAUCUGACCUCUGAACCAAAAUUAUAAGAGAUGGUGUGGUUGCACUCAUGCUUUCGGGAAAUGUUUGGCGACGAGGUAUGAAUGUCCAUUUUUUUUUUCGCUUAAUUUCUUUCGGUUAUAUGAUUUGACCACUUACAUAUUCCAAAAUUGAUGUUCUUAGUUGUUGCAAUGAUGGGUAUCGCAUUAUGAUUGAAAAAAAAAUUACGUGUGCAUUUGGAUAUUUCUGUUUGAUCAUACGAUGCAGUACUUUUGAACACGCAUGGAGAAGACGGAUUAUGGGAGUGUGCGGCUUGCAUCGGCCGCUGCUACGGCAUAAUUUCUUUUACCGUUAAAGCUGUAUAUAUAUUCUAGUUGAUGAACUUGAUUUAACGACAAGAAAUUUUAAGCAACCAUUACAAACCAACAUUUAGAU